GUGAUCCCGAGGAGGCUGGGGAGGGCCUUGGGGAGGGGCCUGGCCCCAAAGGCAGACUUCUGUUGACACAGCAAACACAGAAAGACAAAGUCCAUUUGGAUGGAAGUGGAAGCAGAGUGAGAAGGGCCAUUUUGACUCUGUGGUCCAAGGAAAUGACUGGUCUGCCGGGCCUGGGAGCCAGGAUACCCAGGGUCUAAGGAUAACUCUGGGGCUGUGAUGGUCAUGAUUCUCACAGAGGACCCCAUAUUUAUGCACUCGGAACAAUUUCAGGUGCCACUGGACUCGUUCUGAGAACUUUUCCCUAAAAUAUGGCCAAGGGACUCCUGAUAACCUAUGCCCUCUGGGCUGUAGGGGGCCCUGCUGGACUCCACCACCUGUACCUGGGUCGGGACAGCCAUGCAUUACUCUGGAUGCUUACCCUGGGGGGUGGCGGGCUGGGCUGGCUCUUGGAGUUCUGGAAGCUUCCAAGCUUUGUAGCUCAGGCCAACAGAGCCCAGGGGCAGAGACAGAGCUCAGGAACAGGGACACCUCCUUUGAGUCCCAUUCGCUUUGCCGCCCAGAUGAUAGUGGGCAUCUAUUUUGGCCUUGUGGCUCUCAUUAGCCUUUCUUUCAUGGCCAGCUUCUAUAUUGUGGGCCUCCCACUGGCAGUUGGCUUAGGGGUCUUGCUAGUGGCCGCUGUCGGCAACCAGACCUCAGACUUUAAGAACACUCUGGCAGCAGCAUUUCUUACUUCCCCUAUCUUUUAUGGCUACUCCAUAGCCAUCCUGCCCAUCAGCUUGGCGGCCAGCAUCACAGCCCAGAAGCAUCGCCGCUACAAAGCUUCAGUUGGAUCAGAGACUCUCAGUGUGCGGCUCUACCGCCUGGGCUUAGCUUACCUUGCUUUCACAGGCCCACUAGCAUACAGCGCCCUCUACAACACAGCUGCCACCCUCAGCUAUGUGGCAGAGACCCUUGGCUCCUUCUUGAGUUGGUUCAGCUUCUUCCCUCUCUUUGGCCGCCUCAUGGAGUCUGUCCUCCUUCUGCCUUACCGGUUUUGGAGGCUGCUAGUGGGGGAUCCUGGCUUCAGCAGCAGCUACUUCCAGGAGUGGGAGAAGCUCUAUGAGUUUGUUCACAGUUUUCAAGAUGAGAAGCGUCAGCUGGCUUACCAGGUUUUGGGUGUCUUAGAGGGGGCAACAAAUGAAGAAAUACAUCGGAGAUACCGGGAGCUAGUGAAGAUCUGGCACCCUGACCACAACCAGCACCAGACAGAAGAGGCUCAAAGGCACUUCUUGGAGAUCCAGGCUGCAUAUGAAGUCCUGAGUCAGCCCAGGAAGCCCAGGGUAUCCUGGAUAUGAGAAGAAACUUUCCCUUGAGGAUGGACUUUUCCUGGCAGAGCUGGGCAGAUUGUCCCAGCUCAGUUUUGCCCAGGUGGGGGCAUCCAACAGCAUUAAAGAAACUGUCAGCUUAUAGGGGAGAUGAGAAAAGUAUUGUGGUGGAAGAAUAUAAU